AGUCUUUAUGAAGGUAAAUGUUUCUUCAUGCCUCAGUAGUUGUUAUUAGUGAUCAGUUGGCAUUGGAUAUUUGAAAUCAUAAGAAAACUGGUGCUAUUUUCGUGAACGUGUCGAGGUUGUGAUGUUAUAUCUAUAGGAGAAAGGGCUGUCUGCGUCAGGAAUGCAUUAUUUCUUUUAGCAAAGGUAUAUAUUGGGGUAUGCACAUUAUUGGAUAGUUCAGGGCGUGUACUAGUACGAUCCGUAGUUAUUUUGUCUUCGCGAAGAGCUCAAGGGUUUAUUAAAAGGUUUUCUAGGAUUCAUAUUAGAGUCAAGAUUUCUGAUCACAAUUAGACAUCUCUCAGCAGUACAUGAUAUUCGGUCUAGAUUUUUGGGUAGAAUAACACUUUUGUGGAGGUUAGUGACACUUUUCGGAACUUCUGACGCUUACCGAAAAUUGCAAAAAGAAUUAUUCAAAAAUCGAGCUCUAUCUGUUUUGUUAUUUUAAGACUGUUUUGAGCUCUCCACGACGUUUCGUUACGAGAAAUUGUACAGUCCAUAUAUAUGCUCAUUUUGAUUCCUCAUUCAGCGAAAACUCCGAAACUGUGAUAGAUGGCAUCUCCGAAAUUUUAGCGGAAAUGUACAAUAAUACGGUCAAAAUUGCCUGAAAUUGCCUGAUCGGAUUUACGGUUUCGGAGAUGUAUUCCGAAGAGGGAGAGUCAUAAAGGAUUCCUGUAUAAAUCACCGUAGGAAAGUAUUUGCGAUGAACUAUAUAGCUGGUUUGUGAGUUAUCUAACUGAUAAAAUAACUUAUAGCACGGUAGAAGGUGUGACAUGUCGGAAUUCACGAACCAGUUCCUAAGUUCAAUAAGAUGCUGAUUUAUCUCAGCUGCUAUCCUUGAUAUCGAUGAUGUCGAAUAUCACGAUAGUAAAAAGCAACUUGUAUUGCGAGUGGAUCCAUCCAAGCAGCAAAAGUGGAAAACACUUUCAAUCAUCUUGGUUUUCAAGAAUAAAAUCCGCUCGGAUUUUGAAAACUACCUGCUGUUUUAGAGAGCACAUAAACUGCUGAAAUACCUCAAUCAUGGUUCAUACCAGUCAUUCAGAAUAUCACAUUAGUAUAACUUGAAUAGUUCUCUUUUUCUGUUCUGCACAUCAACUCUUUAUUGACCUAUCUACUGUUCUUUGUAAUUUGCCAGACUCAAGAACCAUAAGACAUACAAAUCCUUUUGUGAAGCCUACCUUGCAACCAAUCAAGCAAAACAUGCGCGGUUAUGCAUAAAGCUUUCCUAUCCAUAGAGAAACCCUCCUAUGCAUAGCCCAUGACUAUCCGCUGCAAAAAUUCCACGCUCCCCAUACUAUGCACGAUGCAGUCUAAACCGGAGCAGCGCUUUUAUUAUGCGAAACUAUGCGCAUGGGACUGAUGGAUCUUUUAUUUGAUUCAUCCUCUCUCUCUCUCUCUUUCAGCUCGGGCUAUCCUUUUUGUGUAAACAUCCCAAUCUUCUAGAGCCCUGAAUUUUCAUUUCUGUUGCACUUCCUGCGCCUUGUUCUCUCCAGAUAUGCACCGGUAUCGCUAUACCGAUUACCCAGAAUACCGACUCUUUUCGAGUUGGACGUUUAUGGAUUUUUGCAUCUGAAAUGACAUAGUUUAGCAUCCUGAACACCAUGUAGGAAUUACGGAUGCAAAACAAGAGCUUUGUUUGCUUUCUAAGGCCAAAGUUUUCCACGUCAUUAUCGUGCGACAACACCGGAAUCAGACUGGUAAAUAUUUUUGUCUUUUCCGUUUAGCUACACGAGCGGCACAAGUGACACAACCACGACCAACUACUACACAACCGGCACGAGUAACACAACCGGCACGAGUGACACAACCCGCGCAAAUUACAUUACCAUCACCACUAUGGGUGUCUACUGGAAGCAUGAAAAUUCCACGUCAAUUACCGACUUUAACUCUUCUCAAGCUCAACAAAGUUAUUGUCACUGGUGGUUACACUGGUGGUUCUAACAAUGGAUUCACUGCUACUUGUGAAAUAUUUGAUCAAUCAACGGGCCAAUGGAGCCCUACUGCAAGCAUGGCCACAGCACGUUAUUAUCAUAGAGCAACGCUGCUGGACUCAGGCAGCGUUCUUGUCAGUGGUGGUAUAGCAUUGUCCGGUUAUACUGCUAGUUGUGAAAUAUAUGAUCCAUUAACGAGCCAAUGGAGUACUACCAGAACCAUGGCAGCAACACGCCGAUCUCAUACUGUAACACUGCUCAAUUCAGGCAAAGUUCUUGUCGCUGGUGGUCAAGGGGGUAUCAAUGGUGCUGAUACUGCUGAUUGUGAAAUAUAUGAUCCAUUAACAGGUCAAUGGAGCCGUACUGGAGCCAUGGCCGCAGCACGUCAUUAUCAUACUGCAACCUUGCUCAGUUCGGGCAAAGUUCUUGUCACUGGUGGUCAAGAUGAGGUUAAUCAUGGGUUUGCUAGUUGUGAAAUAUAUGAUCCAUUAACAGGUCAAUGGAGCCCUACUGCAAGCAUGACUAUAGCACGUAUUUUCCAUACUGCAACCCUGCUCCAUUCGGGCAAAGUUAUUGUCAUUGGUGGUGGACCAUUGUCUUCUGUCAGUGGACAACCGUCUGUUGCUACUGCUAGUUGUGAAAUAUAUGAUCCGUUAACAGGUCAAUGGAGUCCUACUACAAGCAUGGCUACAACACGUGCUCAACAUACUGCAGCCCUGUUCAAUUCGGGCAAAGUUAUUGUCGCUGGUGGUAGAAUAACUGGCUAUAAUUUGGUUGGUAGUUCGGAAAUAUAUGAUCCGUUAACGAGUCAAUGGAGUCCUACUGCAAGCAUGAUCACACCACGUUGGAAUUAUGCUGCAACCCUGCUCAAUACGGGCGAUGUUCUUGCAGCUGGUGGUCAAGCUGCGUCUGGUGUUACUGCUACUUGUGAAAUAUACUAUCCAUGA